AUGGAUCCGCACCCAACGCCACUGAAUCCCGAUGCCACAUGGGAUGACAAUGGCUUACUAUUUACGCUCCUGAUGGGUGCUUUUGCAUUUAUAGGACUCGGUGCCGUUAGUGCUUUCACAGUGUAUGCACCAUCGAUGUGGUUGCGCCGUGUCUUUCGGUUAAAUCAUACUGCUGUUGUUCUUGUUGAGGAAGAGCCCCUUGGUGGUGAUGUGGAGACACUCCAGGCUCCCGAUGACAAGGAACCGCGAUAUCGGAGAGUUGGAUGUGCUCUUCCUUAUCCAUGCUCACUGUUCGUUUUACCCAGUUGGAAGUGCUGGCUGAGUGUAGAGGAAGAGGUGGAGGGUCUGGAAAAUGUUUUUAAACCUUUAGUCGAUUCAGAAAGUGGUAACCCCGCGGGUAUCGGCGACAACGCAGACGACAGGGGAAGCGCAGUGGGUGAUGAUGAUGAGACGGCUCCACUUACUCGGGACCACAUUUCCAGUGAGUACCCGGCCACAGUUGAGGUUGACAUAGAGGGUGUUUCCUCUGGAAGUCCAGUAGGCAACGUGCCGUCCCGGACGAAUGGCGCACCAAAAACACCAUUGGACCCGCAUGUUGCAGUCUACCUGUACUUCCUGAAGUUGUUCUCGACCGUGUUUAUCCUAGGUUCUUGCAUCAAUUUGUGGAUCUGUGUCCUGGCGGGAACAGACGAUUAUCGGGAGAAGAGUAUGGUAAGCAUGGAUGAGAAGCAUUGUGGUGCGCAAGGGAGUAACAGAACUGGGUGCAUGGAACUCAUGCCGUACUGCCACUACACGGAUGCAGACACCUGCGUUCCUGUGCCCCUUCACGGUAUUUAUGAUCUGACAGUGAGGAACAUUACACCGAACAGCUGGCGUUUGUGGUUUGUAGCUCUCCUUGAUAUGGCGUUUUGUUUGUUUUUUAUUGCGGCCAUCGUCUAUUACCUCCGGAAGGUGGAUAAAUAUGUUGAAACAGUGAUGCGACACCAGAUGGAGUGCGCAGUUGGCCAUCGAGUAGCGAUUGUUGGCGGGUUAAAAGGGAGGGUAUUAACGGAGGCGGCGUUUCGGCGACGUUAUCUUCAGGAGGACUCGUACUUUGGCCCAAACAGGCGUGGCGUGAAUACCUUUCGCUAUCCAGUCGCUGUCGCAAAUGCGCUCAUGGGUGGAACACUGAGCGUUGAUGACGGUGAUACGUAUCAUCAGUAUGAUUGUGGCGGAUUGAGUUGUAUCUUUUCGUCUUGUUUUUUCACUCGGUACAAAACAACACGGUCAAACGCCGUUUUCCUGCAAGAUGGGAGCGUUCGGCGCAUGCUAUUCCCACGUGACCCACCACCCGGUAUGUACACCUAUAUGGACAAAACUGAGGAAGCGAUGGAGGGCCUGCAGGAGGCCGUCGCCGAUUACAAGGUUUUUCACAAGUUAGCGAAUCACGUGAGUUACAAGAAGCGGCAGGAGUUGCACAAAAAACUGCUUCUCGUGCGUGCUUCUUUCCCGUUCUGUUUCAGCAUGAUAUCCAAAGUUGACUACUGGAAAAAGGCCUUCAUUGAGCGGGCAACAAAGCUGAAUCGUUUUGUAGAUGAGGUACCUGCUAGGAAACCUAAGGGGAUUGCUUAUGUUGUGUUUGACAAUUCACUCGCAGCCUACGAGUUUGUAAACCUUUUUUACGCCCAGCACAGAGGAGCUUCAGGCACAUGGGCGGCCAUUGCAGGCCCCUCUAAUGGCAUAAUCGAAAUGAACAUCACAACGAACCGACAAGUGGGCUGGGUGCGGCGUAUUGUGGUCGCUGUGAUAUAUAUUUUAAUGUUGCUGUUUUGGUCUGUCCCUGUCGGUUUUCUGAGUUCCAUUGACAAUAUUUCCAAAAUCCCCGGAAUGGGAUGGCUCUCUCGAGAUUCUUCCAAGUUGCCUGAAAAUGUCCGAAGUGCUAUCGCAGCUCUUCUACCGGUUGGUGUGCUCGCGUUGUUUAACAUAGCACUCCCUUAUAUUGUCCGCAUUCUUGCCAUUGCCAUGGGGGUAAUAAACAUGUACGAGCGUGAGGAGUGUGCAUUACACCUACAGUACCUUUUCAUGGUCCUUACUGGUGUCAUAUUUCAGGCUCCGCUUCAAAACGGCAUGGAAGAGUUGAACCGCUUGAUUACAGAAAUAUCGCGCGAUAGCAUUGCAAAGCUUUUCGUAACUUUUGUAACUCCGGAGGGAGGUUAUUGGUACACGAAGGUUGUUAUGGGCUUGUGUGUAUCCACAUGGGUUGCAUUUCUCAACCCUGGGACGCUGACUCUGGUUGUGCUGCAGCACAAGCUGGCGAAUGUGCAGCGUGUGUACAACGAACUCUUUGGUCCUUGUCUGUUCGAGUGGCCGCACCUGUACAGCUUCGAUCUUUCCCUAUUAGCCAUGGGGCUUCUCUUCCACAUGACUGUUCCGUUGCUUUCGUUUUUUGUUGGCAUCUACUUCGUUGUGCGCUACUUUACGCAGCGUGGCAUGCUGUACGACCGUUACCGCCCUGAAAAUCAUCCGCGUCAGGACUGUACCCCAUUCGGUGCGGCAGGAAUGGUUAUUCGUGCAGCUUGUUGGUUGUAUUGCUUAGGCGCAGUUGGCGGGGUGUUGUUCAUGAACGAAUUGGAUCAUUUGGGUGGACUACUCAUUUGUUCUGUUUCGUUUACCCUGAGUGUGAUCCUGUUGGCCUACACACACAUCACAACUCGUCGAUGGAUCGCUACCUUACCUAAUGCACGGAGACUCCUCAGGAACAGAGUACCUCGCUCAGUCCAAACGCAGUAUGGCACCUCCCGCAGCGCCGACAAUGUGGUGGCCCCUAAGUUACCUAACCCCAAACCACCAGCACGUGCAGAAGAAGAACGCAGGGAGGCUGAUAGCGCCGUCACUUUCCAGGGAGCAACAUUGCCUGUUGUGCCAAGAAAACAGUAUUCCAUGGAAACGUUGGACUUGGGCUUCGACGGCGUCGCGGGUCCGACACAUUGCGCGCCAACGACGUCACUCCUCUGGCAAAGCCGAGGGAUGCAAAGCUCCCCGGUAGGUUCAGUUUGUAACCUCCAAGACCCUGACGGUACCGAAAUGGAAGGUGUGGUUGAGUGGGAUGCCGCACCUGAUGCGGAAGACGAUAUGCUUUAUCACAGAAUGUCCCUAUUGCCACACAAUCCUAAUGUGGAUUCCCGCUACAAUCCCAGACACCAGCAGCUUCAGCGCAUAAACAUCACACGUGAGAUUGAGCGGUUAGAGGAAACCAUAUUCCAUGUGGAACGUUACUGGGACGCUCCGUACUCAGAAGUCAACCCGGAAGAAUGUGGCAUCAUAGAACAGCGGUAG